UUUCCACCAACCAACAUCAUCAGUUCAUCACUCGCAGUGACUCCUCCCCCUCCCCCUCUUGUUCGCAGCCUCUCUUUAGUACGUACGUCACUGUUACAGUGUUUAGGCGAUGGAGCUGGAUGCGGGUUCCGAAGUGAAGAAGAUGGAGGAGGCUGGGAAGGGGAAGAGCCAGACGCUAAUUUGCGCUCCGCUAAUGGCGGAUAGUGUUGACCAGAUGCUGAAUCUAAUGCAGAAGGCAAAAGAGAGCGGAGCUGACCUCGUGGAACUUCGAUUGGAUAGCUUGAAGAGCUUCAACCCUCGCCACGAUAUCUCAACCAUGAUUGAGCAUUGUUCGUUGCCGACUCUAUUCACUUACAGGCCAACAUGGGAAGGUGGCCAGUAUGAUGGUGAUGAAAAGAGCCGAUUGGAUGCACUUCAUUUGGCAAUGGAGUUGGGAGCUGACUAUAUAGAUAUUGAACUGAAGGUUGUUCACGAGUUUAAUAGUUUGCUACAUGGAAAUAAGCCUGCAAAAUGCAAAAUCAUAGUUUCAUCUCACAAUUAUCAUAAUACACCAUCUGUUGAGGAGCUUAGUGAUCUUGUAGCAAGGAUACAAGAGUCAGGAGCUGACAUAGUGAAGAUCGCAACAUAUGCAUUGGAUAUCACUGAUGUAGCUCGCAUUUUCAAAAUUACUCUACACUCUCAACUGCCAAUAAUAUCCAUGGCCAUGGGAGAAAAGGGCUUGAUCUCUCGGAUACUUUCCCCAAAGUUUGGGAGUUAUCUCGCAUUUGGUACUCUGGAAACGGGAAGAGAAUCAGCUCCUGGGCAACCAACUAUUCAAGAUCUUUUGUAUUUGUACAACUUCAGACACAUUGGGCCAGACACCAAAGUAUUUGGUAUUAUUGGGAAGCCUGUUGGUCAUAGCAAAUCACCUAUAUUGUACAACAAAGCUUUUAGAUCGAUUGGGUUCAAUGGAGUUUAUAUUCCUCUUCUGGUAGAUGAUGUUGCAAAUUUCUUGCAGACCUAUUCCUCUUCUGAUUUUGCUGGUUUCAGUUGUACCAUUCCUCACAAGGAGGCUGCCCUUGCAAACUGUGAUGAAGUUGAUCCUAUUGCUAAGUCAAUAGGGGCUGUAAAUUGCAUUAUAAGGAAACCUGCUGAUGGGAAAUUAUUUGGCUGCAAUACUGAUUAUGUUGGUGCAAUUUCUGCUAUUGAGGAUGGCUUGCGAGGUUUACCUCAUAAUCCUGUUGAUGGACCCUUGGCUGGUAAAAUAUUUGUGGUAAUCGGUGCUGGCGGUGCUGGCAAAGCACUUGCUUAUGGUGCAAAAGAAAAAGGUGCAAAGGUGGUGGUUGCUAAUCGCACCUAUGAGCGAGCGAGAGAGCUGGCUGAUAUAGUUGGAGGACAGGCUUUGUCUCUUGCAGAACUUAGUACUUUCCAUCCAGAAAAUGGCAUGAUUCUGGCAAACACCACCUCCAUUGGAAUGCAACCGAAGAUUGAUGAGACACCGGCUCCGAAGGAAGCUUUGAGUUGCUAUUCACUAGUUUUUGACGCUGUCUAUACUCCAAAAAUUACUAGAUUGUUGCGGGAAGCAGAAGAAUGUGGUGCAGAAAUUGUUACUGGAGUAGAAAUGUUCAUAGGGCAAGCAUACGAACAAUACGAGAGGUUCACUGGAUUGCCCGCACCAAAGGAACUGUUUAAAAGUAUCAUGUCAAAAUAUUGAAAGCAAGGUUUUGACAUCUCAAUCAUGUACUGGCAUGCAUCACCUCGUUUCUUCUUCGCCUAAGAUUUGAAAGCAUUGUUAUCCACUGAGAGAGAACAGGGAGAAACUCCCACACCCCUCAUUUCUUCAUCUUCUGCUCAGAAAUAAGUAUUCUAGAACUACUAUCAGUACUAUGUUGAAAUUUUAAAGUUUUAUCAUAAAAUAAUUAUUCAUUUGAGUCC